AUGAUCGGGACCGCCAUAUUCUCAACCCCUUCGUCCAUUGCCGGCAGUGUAGGAAGUGCGGGUGUGACGUUAGUGUUAUGGGUAGUUGGCUUGAUCUUGGCCUAUUGUGGUCUUUUCAUAUGGAUUGAAUUGGGGUCCUUGAUGCCUCGAAGCGGUGGUGAAAAGGUUUAUCUGGAGGCCGCAUAUUCGAAGCCACGAAUGCUGAUCACAACUGUCUUUGCCGUGCACGUCAUUUUUCUUGGGUUCACUGGUAUUGGCAGUGUUGUAGUGGCCGAAAAUAUCCUUCUAGCAUUGCAUGGUUCUGCUAGUGAUUCGGUGAAAAGGGGUCUGGCCAUGAUCGUUCUUAGCUCCGUUGCCACGAUACAUAUCAGCUCGUGUUCUUUAGGAGUUCGCAUAAUGAAUUUACUCGCGUCUGUCAAAAUCCUCAUUUUGUGCCUCAUAAUAGUCUCUGGGCUGCGAGCUCUUCGCGGCGACCUCUCACAGAUUCCUAACCCCGCCAGUAGUUUUCGGGAUCCGUUUGCGGGAUCCUCGUCCAAUGUAUCAGACUAUACAAAUGCCUUGUUGAAAAUUUUGGCCAGCUAUCAAGGCUGGUCGAAUGCAGCUUACGUGCUAGAUGAGGUGCAGAAUCCUCGAAGGGUCCUGAAAGUUGCGGGUAUUCUGGGUGUCGGGAUCGUUGGAAUUCUUUAUACUCUGACGAAUAUCGCGUACUUUGUUGUUGCCACACCAGAAGAAAUUAGUAGAACUGGUGUCACGGUGGUGGCGAUGCUGAUUGGAAAAGUCUUUGGCAAUACGAUGCUUUGGUUGACUGCCAUUCUAGCAGCGCUGUCGUCAUUUGGGAAUUUAAUGACAGCGUCUUUUUCAAUGUCGCGCGUGGUUCGUGAAUUGGCUAAAGAAGGGCUACUUCCCUAUGCUCAUUUCUUCGCUGCAACGACAUCCUCUGGGUCUCCAUCUGGGGCCUUUCUCCUGGUCUUCUUUUCGUCCGCAGUUAUGAUUCUGUUCAUUCCUUUCGGCAAGAGAGGUAUACAACUUCCUGCUUGA